AUGAUUAUUUCUUAUAGUGAUGGAAGUGGUCGACCGCUUGAUCGAUUUUUAGCUCGUGAUGCUUCUUCAUUUAGUGUACGAUUAAGACGUUGUAGUCCAGAACCAAAAUGGAUUAUGGAAGUUGUAGAAUCUUGUAAACUACCUAAACCAGUACGUAUAGCGUUUUGCCUUGUUCCUGGUGUUAUUGAAGUAGACAAUCAGGGUCAACAGCGUGUUGUACCAAUGAAUUCAUUAAAAAGAGAUUCAUUAGCUGCUAAUGAUGUGUUAUUAAUACGUAAAGUUAUGGAACAUGUAUUUCAACGUUUAUAUAAACUAGCGGAUACAUUAACAAUGAAUGGUACGUUAUCUAGUCCACCAUCACCUAGAUCUGCAAGACAAACUGAUGAAACUGGUCAAGUUGUUCCACCUAAAUCACCAUCUUAUUGUGAUACAACUUCUAAUCCUCAAACACCUGUAAUGGCACCAUUAAAUCUUCCACCUGAAACAUUACAAAUUGAUUUAGCUAGAAUAAUAGCGACAGCUUCAUCAAAUAAUCCACAGCCUGAGAAUAUUAUCGAAAUAUGGUGUGGUGAUCAGUGUCUUGAUCCUAACAUGAAUUUACGCAGUGCUCGUCAUUUCUAUUGGAAACAGUCAGGUGAUUUGGUGUUAAGUUAUUUAGUCACCAAGGAAAAUAGUACUGGGAACAAUAAUGCUACUAUUAAUACCAUUAAUAGUAAUAAUAAUAAUAAUUCCAUUUCAUCAUACCUAACCAACAGUUUACAUAGUCCCACAACUGUUGCUUCUUCCAUUACUGCUAGUAGUCCUUCUGCCAACAUAAGGAGAGAAGAUAAUGUCAACACUUUCAAUGGGAACGGAACAGAUGGUAACAGUGGGAAGAAUGAGCAUCGGGAAACCACUAGUGUGGCAUCGUCAUCAUCUUCAUCAAUGAGUAUUCACAAUUGA